ACUAGGGCCUGUCAACCAAUCAGAAGUUCGCAAUCCCGGGACUUGACUGAGCUGCUCAGGCUCGACUCGGUUUACUGUACCUCUCAACAUUUCUUGAGAAAAUCUUCAGACUUACCAACUUAGCAGGGAUAAUAGAGAGAAGCUUUAACGGGUUGGGCCGCCCUGCCUGCCACAUCCCAUCAUGCCUUUGGUGACGAGGAAUAUAGAGCCGCGGCACGUGAGCCGUCAGACCAUCCCUUCAAACAUCCGCAGCGAGCUGGAAUGUGUGACCAACAUCAGCCUGGCCAACAUCAUCCGGCAGCUCGGCAGCCUCAGUAAAUAUGCAGAGGACGUGUUUGGGGAGCUGUUUAUCCAGGCUGGAGCGUUUGCUACCAGAGUCAACACGCUGGGGGAAAGGGUUGAUCGCCUACAGGUUAAAGUCACCCAGUUAGAUCCCAAAGAAGAAGAGGUCUCUCUGCAGGCCAUCACUACCCGUAAAGCCUUCCGCAGCAGCCUGACCCAGGACCAGCAGCUGUUCACCAGGCCGUCUCUGCCUGUGCCUGUACAGGAUACUUACAAGACCUGCAAUCCUCCACCACCCCUCAACCAGCUCAGCCAGUACAGGGACGAUGGUAAAGAGGCUCUGAAGUUUUACACCGAUCCGUCCUACUUCUUUGACCUGUGGAAGGAGAAGAUGCUGCAGGACACCAAGGACAUCAUGAAGGAGAGGCGCAAGCACAGGAGGGAGAAGAAAGACAAUGUGAACCCAAGGACGCUUCAUCCUCGAAAGAUCAAGACCAGGAAGGAUGAAUGGGAGCGGCUUAAGAUGGGAAAGGAGUUUGUCGUACCAAAGAAUGAAAUGAACUCCUCGGAGGGACUGAACGGCAGCAUCGGAUCCGGGGAGGGCUGCAACUCAGAUUUCCUCGAGCAGAGUACGGGCUCCUACGCUUAUGAUCCCGGCUCCCCUCUGCCUCCGCCUGGGCCUGAUGACUCCUUGCCUCCUCCACCCCUAGACAUGGCGUUUAAUGAUGGACAGCAUGGAGAACCAGCUCAGAAGAGAAUGACCCCGCUGAGUCCAACCCACCCUCCUCCCGCUCCACCUGCAUCUCCCCCACCAAACUCCCGUCCGAACCUUUCCCCUCCCCCUGCACCUCCUCCCCCGCCCCCACCUUCUGGUUUUGCCCCACCCCCUCCUCCACCUGGCUUUGAUGCACCACCUUCCCCACCUUCCCCACCUCCACCCUCCUUUCCCUCUCCACCUGCUCCGCCUCCCCCGCCUGAUAUGCCCUCUGUGGCUCCCCCUCCGCCGCCUAUGCUUACAGGUGGAGGACCACCACCCCCUCCACCUCCUCCACCACCACCUGGGCCUCCUCCUCCAUCCACUGACUAUAGUGCUGCUGCUCCUCCUCCUUCUGGUGGUGGCUUAGCUCCAAGCUCAGCUCCUAAACCUCAGCCAGCUCCUGCCGGUGAUGGUCGCUGUGACCUGCUGCAGGCCAUCCGGCAAGGUUUCAACCUGCGUAAGGUGGAGGCUCAACGGGAGCAGGAGAAGAGGGAUCACUUUGGCAACGAUGUGGCCGCCAUCCUGUCGCGCCGUAUCGCCGUGGAGUGCAGCGACAGCGAGGACGACUCCUCUGAGUUCGAUGACGAAGAGUGGUCCGAAUGAUCUCAUCACCUUCACUACCACCAUCUUACCUUAUUAGCCUUGAUCAUCAUCACCUGCUCCUUUUCUUUUUGUAUUACAUUCUUCCAGUAUGAGCUUGUUUUUUAAGCCACCGUGUGCAGGAAGCACGUACUUAUGAUGUUUUUAAAAUCACUUAUUCUGACUUAUUCAAACUUCCAGAGGCCAGGUGCGAAGGUCUAAUGAUUGAAAGAGUGUUACUGUGUCUCAGUUUGCCAAAGCCUUCCUAAAGUAACACGUUAAUGUUGAAUUAACAACAUUGUCUGGUUUGGAAAACGUCUUCCAGCUGAUAAUCUGCAUAAAACACGUACCAUAAAAUGUUGACCUUAAAGCAAUCCUGUGCCAUAGAUGUUAGCUUCCAUUCCACCAUGAAGUGUAAUUAUUACAAUCAAUUUAAAUCCCCUUUAAGGCACAUCUUUUCCAUGUUUUUUCCACCCCACCUUUUUGUAUUAAGCCCUUUUUUUUCUGUGGUGAUCAUGGGAACAAAUAACUUGUUGCUUGUAAACAAACUGAUAAAUGAACUAAUCUUAACAGGAUGGUUACCAGAUAUUGCCACUCUGAACACAUGGAGUUAAAUAAUGAGGUAUUUGUAUUGUAUUUCAGUUGUAUUAUCUUUUAUUUCCUGAGAUUAUGCCUUGAAUUUGUUUUUGCUUGGGGAUAAAUUCUAUUCUGUUGCUUUAAUCGGUGAUCAAAUCAGGCCUUUUGCCUCAUCCAGUGCCUUUUCGCUGGUGUUUUAGUGUCUGUGUCUUAUAUUUAAUAGCAGCUUUAACUGAUGAAUCCAAUUUAAAGUGCCUCUUAUGUAAAGUGCAUCGGAUUUGCUGCACAAUUGCACAACAUGUUUAGCCAAAUUAAUGCUUUUUCUCUCUUAAGUUUCCAAAGCAUUUAUUCCAAUAAAUAUUAAAUGAAUUUAAGUGAUGGUUUAGUUUUCAGAUUUUAUCACAUUAAAACCACAAACAACAUUACUGUGUUUUAUUGGGGUUUUGUGAUCGACCAACAAAAGGUCAUGCAUAAAUGUGUGGUGAAAAUAAAACAAUUCAUGGUUUUCAAAGUUUUUUACAAAUAAAAAUGUGGAAAGUGUGGCAUGCAUUUGUAUUUUGCCCCGCUGAAUCAUUGUAGAAUCAGCCAGUCUGUUUUGGGCAAAUAUUUGUGAGCUUAGGGACUAAAUGUUUUGUCCGUUAUCAGCAGAGUGGCUCAAGCUCAGUCUGUCUGGAUGAAGAAGUAAUUUUCAAGCUUUGUCAGUUAUUCUUGGUUGGAAUUAACUUGAACAUUUUUAAUUGCAAGUCUUAAUAUGCCUUAAAUACGUCAAUAUGUUCUAUAUUAGGUUUUAAUUGCAUUAAAAAUGUCAAAGUGUUCAAAUAUAGCUGUUUUUUUCCUGAGAAAUGCACUGGCAGCAUUCACUUUUUAAUUUUUUUGACUGGACCACAAUUGUAAAUGUGGCCUCCUUGAUUUUAAUAUAUCUGGUUUUAAGAACUUAAUUAAAAAUGUCUAUAUUCCCAUA